AUGGCUCAAGUCAAACUCAUCUCCCAGGAUAAUCAAACCUUCACCAUUGAAAAGACUACUGCCGAGCGUAGUAUGCUCUUGAAGAAUAUGCUUGAAGAUGUUGGAGAGAGCGACACUCCUGUCCCUCUACCAAACGUAUCUGGUCGAAUCCUUGGCAAGGUCAUUGAAUACUGUGGACAUCACAAGGAUGAUGCUGCACCUCCACCAGAAGACGACAAGGACCAAUUCGACUCUGCUCGCAAAAAGACUGACGAUAUUGAUGAAUGGGAUGCUGCCUUCAUCAAAGUCGACAAUGAAGAACUCUUUGAAAUCAUCCUAGCCGCUAACUAUCUCGACAUCAAACCUCUCUUGGACCUUGGAUGCAAAACCGUCGCAAAUAUGAUCAAGGGCAAGAGUCCCGAACAAAUCCGUGAAAUGUUCAACAUUGAAAACGACUUCACAGCUGAAGAAGAAGAACAGAUCCGUCGUGAGAACGAAUGGGCUGCCGAUGCUUGA